UGAGCAUCAAGACAUUAUCGCUAGUAAAGCAGAUAUGCCAAAAGAGACGGAUGAAAGAAUAAAUCAUGGACCAACAUUAGUGAUUCAUGGUGGUGCAGGAGUAAUAGAUCGUGCAAACUUCCCGGAAAGCAAGCAAAAAGAAUAUCUUGAUGCAUUAAAAGAGUCACUUUUAGUUGGGUAUGAAGUACUGAGAAAAGGGGGAAGUUCUUUUGACGCCGUUGUUGCUUCCGUCAUAGUUAUGGAAGAUUGCCCGUUUUUCAACGCUGGUAAAGGAUCAGUAUUUACUAUAAGUGGCAAGAAUGAAUUGGAGGCAUCAAUUAUGCAUGGAGUCGACUCCCACCCAGCUGGUGCAUGUACAUUACUCAAAACAGUCAAAAAUCCAAUAAUUUUGGCUAAAACUCUUCUUCAGGACCCUGAAAAUCCACAUGUAUUCCUUGGAGGAAUUGAAGCUGAAAACUACGCGAAAUCGAAAGGAUUAGAAAUGGUGGAUCCGGGUUAUUUUUGGACAAAACAUAGAUGGAAGCAACAUUUAGAUGGAUUAGAAAAGAAAGACCUGAUACCUGAAAAUUUGAGAAUGUUAAAUAAUCUCGAUGCUGGCGAUUCAAGUGAUAAUGAUCCAAAUCCGAUAGGAACAGUUGGAGCUGUUGCGGUUGAUAUAGAUGGGAUCAUUUCUACGGCCACAUCUACGGGCGGAUUCAAUAAUAAAAAAGAUGGUCGUAUCGGGGAUACACCAUUAAUAGCAUGUGGAACUUGGGCCGAUAAUGAAACAUGUGGUGUCAGUGGUACUGGAAAUGGCGAAUUUUUCAUUCGUCAUAGUGUUGCAUAUGAUGUGGCAGCGAGAAUGAAAUACCUUGAAGAAAGUGUGCAAGAUGCGGCUUCUAACGUUAUCGAGCAUUUAUCGAAAGUUGGUGGUAUUGGUGGAGUCAUUGCAUUGGAUAAAUACGGAAAUUUUGCCAUGCCUUUCAAUACCGAAGGAAUGUUCAGAGGAUAUAUUCGCAUUUCUGAAGGUAUUCCAUAUGCUAAUGUAUUCAAAGAUGAGUGA